GCUUUGAACAUAUCCGGGUGCUGGUGGCAGGGAUAUGAAGAUGGGGGAGCAGUUUUCGUUCAAAGCUUCCCCAGAUCGAGGGAACCGAGGGGAAGGGGACGGGUCCUUGUUUCUGCAUAUAAGAUUCGAAGAUCCCGCCAUGCUGAUCCGACCCUUGUGAAAGAUUGAUCGUCCUAUUCCAACACCGCCGCAGUCGAUUUUGUCUCUUUUACCUGCCCCAUCCCCUCAAGAUGCUUCCAAUUCCCAGGCUCGCCCUAGCGGCUCUUCUCGUUGCCCUCCCGGCGUCUCUGGCUUGCCUGGGCCACGAAGGCGGCGUCCCCGUCGCCACAGGGCACCACUCCAACCCGCAGGUAAUCGAAGUCGCUGCGGGACAAGUCUUCGAUGGCGGUUGGGCGCGGUACGACCGCGGUCCGGGUGCCUGCAACGAGCAGGCCGAAGGUGACUGGCGAGACGCGGUCUUCUAUCUCCGCCGCGGCGCUACCCUGCGGAACGUCGUCAUCGGGGCCAACCAGGCCGAAGGCGUCCACUGCGACGGCCCCUGCACUCUCGAGUUUGUCUGGUUCGAGGAUGUCUGCGAGGAUGCCAUCUCUGUGAAGAAUGACAGGGAUGGCGAUCAUACGUGGAUUAUCGGAGGAGGCGCGUACCAUGCCGACGACAAGAUCAUCCAGCACAACGGCUGCGGCACUGUGAAUAUCAUCAAUUUCUACGCGGAAGACUACGGAAAGGUCUACCGCUCGUGCGGCAACUGCAGCUCGCAGUGCAAGCGCAACGUCUAUGUCGAAGGUGUCACGGCCUGGAACGGCGGCGAGGUCGUUGCUAUCAACGAGGCAUUUGGCGACACUGCGACGCUUGUCAAUGUCUGUACCGAUGCCAGUCAGGCAUGCUGGAUCUACGAUGGCUGUGCGGGUGGCUGCUCUCCUCAGAAGGUCCGCCCCUGCUGAAGAGGCGGGACUCCUGGAUGUCGGUUCGGGGUCAGCGGUUUGUCGUGUAUACCUAUACUUCAGUGGUGUCUACCUUAUGCGGCGCAAGGCGAACGAAUGUUCAUGACCA